AUGCAAGUUGAGGCAAAUUUGAAUCAGUCGAGAAAUUUAGUAGAAACGAUUUCGCAAAUCGUCCGCGGUUACAAACUUGUGCGGCUUCUCGGAACACUGUCGGUCGCGUGCGUCGUUGGUGUAAUUCCAGAGCCUGGCCGGGCCCGAAACAUUCAAGCAGCUCGGCAGGCGUUUACUGUUCUCUGUCAGUCGCCGUGUCAUUAUAGGCUGCUCUACCGCGGACAGUACUGUAUUGAGUUCUUGAUGGUGGACAACGAGACUGUGCUCGUGCGAGACGCCUCCCUCAGCAAGUUCUCCAACACGAAGCUUCUGUCUAAUUGGCAUCCGAUCACCGGGCUAUUGGCGUUGUUCUCCGCCUUUGGCAGUCCUGUCCAGCCUAUCAUUGGAGAGCAGUUUCUCUCUACUGACCACGAUUUUGAGGCGAAAACGCUUCCCGAAGGCGUCGUCUGGGCUUCGAACAAUGGCGGCCUCUUCAACAUCGAAAUCGUGAAGCAGGUCUUUGCUUCGAGGCCCGUCUCAUUGGGCAAUGUGCUUGGUGCGGGCGUGGACGACCAAUUCAGUGUAUCCCCUCUAGAAGAAUAUCUAGCCGCCGUCUACUUGUUUGAUUUCACGAGAGCUCACGUCAAGCACGAAACGCUCAAGCAAAACCCUCAAAUAAAGAUUCAUCGAUCGCCCGACGCAACAUUCCGUUUCAACACCCAGUUUAUUUCCUUCGUCUUAUCAAUCAACGUCAAAAUGAGAAAAUUAGACCUCCAAUGCAUGCCACUGAAUGAGCAAGUUCAACCCUUUCUUCAACAAUCAGACCUAGUUGUUUUGUCAACGUACUUUAUGAAGAAAGUUGCUGGACCGCCAUUCAGAACAAACGCUGUCAAGUCAUUCAUCGCCAUAAUUUCUGAGCCGAUUUCACUUCUAAAGGACUGUAUAAAUAUAUUUAACCGCGAGGUCGGCCACAGCCAGUUCAUGACGAAUGACAUGCGUCCUGUUAUGACCAUGUGCCUUACAGUGCCUCCUUCACCGCUGAAUGUUCCUCUUGCCAUUGGCCAUCAAGCUGUGCUGAAGUUGACGCAAAACAACCAAGUGAUAACUCUGUUCUUUAUCCAGUUCCACUCAAGUUCCAACACCAUCACUGUUCCCAUCAAGUGCGUGCACGAGCAGAACAACAGCAUCCGCCCCGAGCUCUACCAGAACUUCAUCAACCAAAACAACCAAGAGUAUCUCCCCUACGCGCGCCACUUGCAGACAAUCAACAACUAUUUGCAGCAACUACCACCUCAGAGAUUCCAGAAUCAAACAGGCGGCAAUUGCUCAUUCUUCCUCGCUCUCAAGAACGUCAUGGACAACUAUCAGAUGAGCCCCAGCUAG